CCAAAAGCUUUAAAAGCAAAACUGUUUACUAUUAAAAACAUUCAUAAAACAUAUUUAUUAAUGUAAAGGUGCUGCAAUAUGAGUAUUUACUUCCAAAGGUCAGGUCAUUUUGACUGGACAAUUUUCUCUGGACUGUUUCUGUUUUGAUACAAGCUGUGAAUAAAAUAAGUGUGUUCAGAGUUGUCAAAAAUGCCCUCACUGUAAGCAUAAUGACAGUUUUAGUCAUUUAUAUUUAUACUCGCAUGCAGGAGGAUUUGUGUGAUUAUUUAGCCACAGUUCUGUCCUUUUCAAAUCAGGAAGCUUUAUCAAACUUCCAAAUUGUUGUAUUUUACUGUUAUUGAAUUAGUUUUGAUGUUUGAAUAUACACAUACUCUUCCAAAAUUUGUACUUCAUAUUGUACAAUAAACUACAGUAGCCUCUUCGAACCUUCCACUACUCCCACUGACACCCGUUUAGCCUGUUCGGUUGUUUGGCCUAGUACAUCACACAUACGCUGUGAAUGAUAUAGCUUUAAUUUAAAAUAAAAAAAUAGUGCAAUUGUGAUUAAAUCAGUAUUUAACACAAUUAAAAAGUGACGUGGUAAAUGAUGUAAAAUAUGAUAAACAUCUUAAAAGUGACUAAACAGAGUCUCAAGCGGACAAGGAUCCUUCGGACGGAGUGCGUGUGUUUUAAUCUGCCCACAGCAGCGGCUCUGUGAAGCUCACCACACGGCCUUUGGUGAUGCGGCUUUCACUACAGAUGCUUUUCCUCUUUUAGGUCAAAACACAAUUGAUGACAAAAGUUUUUAUUCAGCUUUUCCAUUUUAACAAGGUAUCAAAUGUACACACGGCCUUUCCUCAAAGCUGAUACUCGCCAUGAAUUAGAUGUGAUUUAGACAAAAUAAAAUUUUUUUAUUCGCGUACUUCAGUCUCAACUAAAAGCCCAAAACCUGUGGUUGUUGUUCGCUGUGAUUAAAAUGCGCCAAACUACUUUACCACUCCAAUUUAGCCGGAAAUGUGAGAAAAGAAAACACAAGCUCGAGGAGCUCAUGGCGGCGCUGAACGCCGAGAUGGAGAAGUUGAGUCUAUAAGGUUCUCAUGUGCUAUUGAAGAGCGCAGCGCGGAACAGUCACAACUCAUUUCUGAACUCCCGAAAGGUCAGUAAAGCGAUAAAAUGGCAGAAACCGCCCCAGCUCCAGCUGCCGCUGCGCCGGCUAAAGCGCCCAGGAAGAAGUCUGCUGCUAAAGCCAAGAAGGCCGGUCCAGGCGUUGGCGAACUCAUCGUCAAAGCAGUGUCCGCGUCCAAGGAGAGGAGCGGUAUGUCCCUAGCCGCCCUAAAGAAAGCUCUUGCCGCCAGUGGCUACGACGUGGAGAAGAACAACUCCCGCGUCAAGCUCGCCAUCAAGGGUAUGGUGACCAAAGGCGUCCUGAAGCAGGUCAAGGGGACCGGCGCCUCCGGCUCCUUCAAGCUCAACAAGCAGCAAGCCGAGCCCAAGAAGAAGCCAGCCAAGAAAGCGGCUCCUAAAGCCAAGAAACCCGCCGCCGCCAAGAAGCCCAAGAGCGCUGCUGCCAAGAAGCCCGCCGCUAAGAAGUCGCCCAAGAAGGCCAAGAAACCCGCAGCGGCCGCCAAGAAAGCGACUAAGAGCCCCAAGAAGGCCAAGAAGCCCGCGGCCCCUAAGAAAGCUGCCAAGAGUCCCAAGAAGGCCAAGGUGGCUAAGCCCAAGACGGCUAAACCCAAAGCGGCCAAGCCCAAGAAGGCAGCGCCCAAGAAGAAGUAGAUGACAUCUUCAGCUGUUUGUUCCUCAACGGCUCUUUUAAGAGCCACCCACUCAUUCUGAAGAAAGAGCAGCGCUCCUUAAUUAUACUGAUACAUUAAGACAGUGAAAAAAACGUUAUAUUAUUUACCCCAUAUUGGAUUCCUAGUUACUA